CCCUUGAUUAUGUUCUGCUUCAAAACCAAACAACUCUGUCUCUCUCUCUCUCUCUCUCUAUCUCUCUCUCUCUCUCAUUGAAAAAGAGAAAGAACAUUACCAAAACCAAAAUCAAAGCAGACAAACAAUCUUCAAAUGGUAUACGCGUCUCUCUACAAAUACCCUUUGCCUUCCUCUUUGCCACCUCUCUCUCCUUUCUCCAUUAAAGCUGAGAGAAGAACUGUCUAGUCCCUCUCUGUUUCUUCUUCUCUUCAUGGGUGCUAAUCUUUCUUCUGUGUUCGUAGACCCGAAUGUUUUGUCUCUUUAUGGUUAUUUAUCGUCUCAAUCAUCGACGUCAAACCCAACUCUUGGAGACUUACCAGAAAGCUGUGUUGCUUCGAUUAUUGCUUAUUUAGACCCGCCAGAGAUAUGCAAAUUAGCAAGAUUGAACAGAGCAUUUCGUGGAGCUUCUUGGGCUGAUUUUGUAUGGGAAUCUAAAUUGCCUACGAAUUAUGUUCGUCUUAUUCAAAGAGUUCUUGGUGAUGAUUUGCCAAGAAAUAUUAGUAGGAGAGAAAUCUAUACCAGGCUGUGUAGAGCUAACACUUUUGAUGGUGGUACCAAGAAAGUAUGGCUAGAUAAGAUUACUGGUGGUGUCUGCUUAUCCAUUUCUUCGAAGGGAUUAGCGAUUACUGGAAUCGAUGACAGAAGGUAUUGGAAUCAUAUUCCAACCGAAGAAUCUAGAUUCGACUCUGUUGCAUAUCUUCAGCAAAUCUGGUGGUUUGAGGUUGAUGGGCAGUUUGAAUUCCCAUUUCCAGCAGGAACCUACAGCAUAUUCGUCAGGUUGCAAUUGGGGAGAGCUGCCAAGAGGUACGGUCGCCGAACCUGCAACACAGAGCACGUCCAUGGUUGGGAUAUAAAACCUGUGAGGUUUCAGCUAUGGACUUCUGAUGGUCAGUAUGCCUCUUCUCAGUGUUUUUUAAGUGAUCCUGGGAAAUGGAAUCUCUACCAUGUUGGGGACUUUGUUGUUGACACUUCCAAUCCAUCUAUGAACCUUAAAUUCUCUAUGACCCAGAUCGAUUGCACACACACCAAAGGUGGUCUUUGUUUGGACUCUGUAGUAGUAUACCCAUGUAAACUUAUAGAAGGGUUAAAGCAUUUUUGAUCUGCAUGUAACCUUGUAUACAGGAUAUUCUACAUUAGGGGAUCUCCAGGAGAGAGCAGAGUCUGAGGAGUAGUUUCAUUUAUAGGCCUUGUAUCAGUUGUAUUUAGGCAGUGUGAAUAUUGCCAUUUUUGCUUGUUGAUAAGUGUUUCUUCUUCUCUCUUUCUUGUAUAUAAGAAUGAAGUCAGUGCUGCAUUAAGUCAUUUGGUCUUGUUAAAAUUCAUAUAACUGUUAUGUUUUGGACCAGUUUUCAAAAGCUAGCAGGAGAUUUUAUUAGAAUCUUCUGAAUUUGGUGGAACGAACAGAGUUCUGAUGUAUGAUAAAAGUGGGAAAAGAAAAAAUCAAUAAAUGGGUAUUCUGUUUUA